UAUAUGUAGUGUGUUCUAUGUUACUGUUCACUAUAUUGGCUGUUAAAGAAACGAGACUCGCAACUGUCGCGAUAACUCAUUUUCAAACUGUUUAUUGUGACCCAGAUUAAAUGGCUAACCGACAGUUAGCACGACAACCACUGCGAUUAAACGCGUUGUAGUGGCGGACGGGCUCGUUUCGUGUCGUCGCGACCACUCGGGCGGCUUUAGGGCAAACGACACGCACACAUUCACAGAGUAGAGUCGGUAACCCGCAGCACGAUGUCCUGCUUUGGCCAGGAAACCGAGUUAGCAUUAGCAUCCGAGCUGUAGCCAGUGCUCGGGGACAUCAGAGGAUUCGCGUUAGCAACAGUUGUCUGUGGCGUAGCAACUGCAGACGCUUGUUUCCUCCACCGACAAACAGCGGAGCUUUUUCCACCAUCGCGGAAUCCGGAGGGGUUUAUCCACGAUGAGGCUGAAAACGUCUUUGUUGAAGGAAUCCAAACAUAAGGAACUUGUGAGUUGCGUCGGCUGGACCACAGCAGAUGAACUGUACUCGUGCAGCGAGGACCACCAGAUCCUCAAGUGGAACCUGCUGACCAGUGAGACCACUCUGGUCGUCAAAUUGCCAGAUGACAUUUACCCCAUUGACCUACACUGGUUACCCAAAACCAUCGGCGGAAAGAGACAGACCCAGGCUGAAAUCUUUGCCCUCACCAGUACCGAUGGAAAGUUCCACCUGGUCACCAAGGUAGGACGCAUUGAGAAGAGUGUUGAAGCACACAAAGGAGCUGUUUUGGCUGGAAGAUGGAACUUUGAUGGAACUGCUCUCGUCACAGCUGGAGAAGAUGGGCGGAUCAAGAUCUGGUCAAAAAGUGGUAUGCUGCGCUCAACACUUGCCAGCCAAGCAUCUCCUGUGUAUUCUGUGGCCUGGGGUCCCGACUCAGACCGAGUCCUCUACACAUCAGGGAGACACCUCAUCGUCAAGCCUCUGCAACCCAGUGCAAAAGUCCAACAGUGGAAAGCUCAUGAUGGGGUUAUCCUGAAGGUGGACUGGAAUUCAGUCAAUGACCUGAUACUGUCAGGUGGAGAAGACUGUAAAUAUAAGGUAUGGGACAGCUUUGGCCGUCUGCUUUACUCCUCGUCAGCUCAUGACUACCCGAUCACCUCCCUGUCCUGGGCUCCAGAUGGAGAGGUGUUUGCCGUGGGCUCCUUCAACACCCUGCGGCUCUGUGACAAGACCGGAUGGUCCUAUGCGUUGGAGAAGCCCAACACGGGCAGUGUGAUGAACGUGUCCUGGUCUGCAGACGGCACCCAGCUGGCCGGGGCCUGUGGCAAUGGGCAUGUAAUCUUUGCCCAUGUGGUGGAGCAGCACUGGGAGUGGAAGAACUUUGUGGUCACUCUUACGAAGAGGAGAGCCAUGCAGGUGAGGGACGUGACAAACGAUGCGGUGGACAUAUUGGAAUUCAGAGAUCGAGUCAUCAAAGCCUCGCUGGCAUGUGGUCACCUGGUGGUCGCCACCUCCCUCCAGUGCUAUGUUUACAAUUCGAGAAACUGGAACACUCCCCUCAUCUUUGACCUGAAGGAGGGAACAGUGAGCCUCAUCCUGCAAGCGGAGAAACACUUUCUGCUUGUGGAUGGAGCAGGGUUGUAUGUGUUCUCCUAUGAAGGUCGACUCAUAUCUUCCCCUAAGUUCCCUGGUAUGAGAGCUGACAUCCUAAACUCCCAGGGUGUCUCACUGAGUAACGACACCAUUGCCAUCCGGGACCAGAGUGAUGAAAAAGUCAUCUUUCUCUUCGAUGCGCUGAGCGGGAAACCCCUCGACGAUGGGAAGCCCUUGACCCACAAGCUGGAGGUGGCGGAGAUCGCUCUGAACCAGUGUGGCCCAUCCACCGAGAGGAAGAUCGCCUUCAUAGACAAGAACCGUGACCUUUACUUGACUUCUGUGCGUCAUCUUGGACGAGAGCCCAAAAUCUGCAAAAUUGGCAGCAUGGUUCACAGUAUGGCAUGGAAUGACACUGCUAGCCUCCUGUGUGGAAUCCAAGACAAGCAGUUAACAGUGUGGUACUACCCAAGUGUUGUCUUCACUGACAAGGAGCUGCUGCCGAAAACACUGUACACAAAGGACUGCAGUGAGUUCAGCCGAGCCCCCCACAUUCUGAACUACGUUGGCACCAAGGUGACGUUACGCCAGGGAGACGGUUCACUGGUGUACAGCAUCGUACCUCCCUACCCGGCCCUGCUUCACGAAUACAGCGCCUCUUCACGCUGGGAGGAUGCACUGCGCCUCUGCCGCUUUGCCAAGGACCAAUCUCUGUGGGCGUGUCUGGCUGGUAUGUCAAUGGCCAACAGGGAGCUGACCACAGCAGAGAUGGCCUACGCUGCCAUUGGAGAGCUACCAAGAGUGCAGUACAUCAAAUUCAUAAAGACGCAGCCGUCGAAGGAGUCGUCCUUGGCCCACAUGCUGUUGUUCAGUGGUCUCAUCCAGGAGGCCGAGGCAACUCUGCUACAAGCAGGACUCAUCUACCAGGCCAUACAAGUCAACAUUAACCUUUUCAACUGGGAGAGGGCCCUGGAGUUGGCUGUCAAACACAAGACCCAUGUGGACACUGUGCUGGCCUAUAGGGAGAAGUUCCUGCAGACAUUUGGCAGGAAGGAGACCAACAAGAGAUUCCUGCAGUACGCUGGAGGGGUUGAGGUGAACUGGGAGAAAAUCCAGGCGAAGAUCGAGAUGGAGUUGUCCAAAGAAAGGGAGAAAGCUGCGAACGCCUCUGUGAGGAGCAGCGUGGCAGCACGACGUUAAUCUCUUCUCUCUCUCUCUCUCUCUCUCUCUCUCUCUCUCUCUCUCUCUCUCUCUGUCUCUCUGAAGUGCCUUGAGAUGUAUGUUCACAAAGACUCGUGGAUACGAUUUGGGUGGUCAAGGUCACAGUGGCCUCAGAAAGUGUGUUUUUGGCCUCUUGAACAUGAUAACUCUAUUCUGCCUGUUAGGAAAUUUCCUAUUUUCCUAUAUUUUAACCAGUUGUCUCUUGGACUCAAAGAUGAACUGAUUAGAUUUCAGCUGUCAAAGGUCACAGGGACCUCAUAUGAGUCUGGAAGAAAAUGUAUGUAGACUGAAACUGCACUGGUUGGUGGAGGCAUACAACCACACUGCAGUCAUUCUAGUUUUGUCACUGAUAUUUGGUGUCGUGUUUUAUAUGAAAAUAUAUUUUUGUAGUUAAUGUAUACGUUUUUUCCUUCUGUAAACACUAAAAAGAAAAUCUAUUAAUAAAACAGAUGGUGUAUAUAUUGAGCCCAAAUAUCAUCUCUGA